AUGGCUUGGUCCCUCUCUUUCCCCUAUCCUCCUUCAAAGGAGGGAUACUGGGCGCCUGUGACUUCCACCUUGAACUGGUGCGAAGAGGAUUACUAUGCCACCGAGUACGCUGCCGAGAUCGUCAACACCCUCACGAACUUGAUGUUCAUGUGGCUCGGGGUUUCCGGUAUUCUCAGCUGUCGCCGUAACGGACAUGACCAGAUCUUCACUGUCGCCCUGCUAGGGUAUCUGGUAGUCGGAACCGGGAGCUUCUUCUUCCACUCCACCCUCAAAUACCCAAUGCAACUCGUCGAUGAACUGUCCAUGAUCUACACCACCUGCCUCAUGGCAUAUGCCUUGUUCUCAUACGCGCGUUCUACGGUCUUCCGGGUAGCUCUUGCUCUCUCCCUCACCGGCCUUGCUGUCUUCAUCACCCUAUAUUACCACUAUCUCCAAGACCCGAUCUUCCAUCAGAAUGCCUACGCGCUCUUGACUACCGUUGUCGUCCUGCGCAGCAUGUAUAUAAUGGAAGUGACCCUCCGCCCAAAAUGGCGCCACUCGACCGAAGAGGACCGCCUCGAGCGUCAGAAGAAGGGUCUUCCCGUGCCCACGAAGGAGCGCCAACACUACGAGAACGUGCGCGAUACCAAGAUGCUGAAGACCAUGUGGCUCAUGGUCAUCUACGGACUGAGCAUGUUCUUGGGUGGUUUCUUCAUUUGGAAUUUGGACAACAUCUUCUGCUCUGAGAUCCGUCGUAUGCGCCGCACUGUCGGUUUACCAUGGGGCCUACUUUUGGAAGGCCAUGGUUGGUGGCACGUCAUGACAGGCAUUGGCGCUUAUUACUACAUUGUCUGGGGCAUCUGGCUUCGUCACUGUCUCAACAACCGACAAGACGAAUAUCAUUUACGAUGGGCACGUCUCUGGCAUAUUCCCGAGAUUAUCCGUGUCUCUGCUAUUGAGCAUGAGGCCCGGUCUAAGAAAACUCUAUGA